AGAGGGAGGGCCGUUUCUUGAAUACCUGAGGCUUUGAGAGUAAACGACGUCGCUUCCUGAAAUGACACACACUUCGAAAGAAAAACGAAAGCCGAAGAGAGAAACAAGCGCACAUGGUGAAUGCCACUGACGGAGAAGCAGUGCACGGUCGUCUCAGGUUUUGGUGAUAACAGGUGUGUGUUGUGUAUCGUGCCGUCUUUACGCACAGCAGCAUGAGCCAGUGGAAGCAGAUUCAGCAGCUGGAGAUCAGACUCCUGGAACAUGUGGACUAUCUGUACGAUGAUAACUUUCCCAUGGACAUCCGGCAGGGUCUGGCCAGCUGGAUCGAGUCUCAGGACUGGGACACGGCGGUGAACGACGAGUCCACGGCCACGGUGCUGUUCACCAACCUGCUGUCUCAGCUGGAGAUCGUUCGCUCUCAGGAGCAGAACUUUCUGCAAAGACACAACAUGAAGAUCAUACAGCAGCAGCUGCAGCUGAAAUACGCCACCAACCCUGCAGUCAUGGCCAGAGUUAUCUCCACUUGCCUGAGGGAGGAACGUCGUAUUCUUUCCAGCGCCUGCACGCAGGAACAGGGUCCGCUGGAGAAAUCUUUGCAGAACUCUGUGGCUUUCGAGCGGCAGAAGAACAUGGAUAACAGAGUCGGGAUCAUCAGAGGCAGCGUGCAGUUGAUGGACCAGGCUGUAAAGUACAUUGAGGAUAUGCAAGAUGAUUUUGAUUUCCGCUACAAGACCCUGCAGUCCCGAGAAUCAGCGGAUAGGAACUCUGACAUGAUGAAACAGGAAGUAACGAGGCUGCAGGAAAUGCUCAACAGGCUCGACUUUAAAAGGAAGGAGAUUCUGUCAAAAAUGGAUGUGGUGAUCAAAGAGAUCGAUGACCUCAUGACUUCUCAGCUCAACCCUGAGCUGCAGGACUGGAAGCGCAGGCAGCAGAUCGCCGCCAUCGGUGGACCUCUGCUCACGGGCCUGGACCAGCUGCAGAGCUGGUUCACCCUCACCGCCCAGAGCCUGUUCCAGAUCAAGCGUCAGCUGGACAAACUGGGGGAGCUGGUGGUGAAGGUCACCUACGAGAGCGACCCGAUCCCGCUGCAAAAACCUCAGAUGGAAGAUCGAGUUAAAUACCUCAUCUACCACCUCAUUAAGAACUCGUUCGUGGUGGAGAAGCAGCCGUGCAUGCCCACACAUCCACAGAAACCCCUCAUCAUUAAGACCGGAGUACAGUUCACCACCAAAGUCAGACUCCUGGUUAAACUUCCAGAGGUGGAUUAUCAGCUGAAAGUCAAAACAACAUUUGACAAGGACCUUCCCCCUGGCAGAGUAAGUCGUCAGUUUUUCAUCCUCACUAACAACACUAAAGUCAUGGACAUUGAGGACUACUCGAACGGGUGCCUCUCGGUGGAGUUCAGACACCUGCAGCUGAAAGAGAAGAAAUAUAUCAACGGCACAAAGGGGAACGAGGGUCUGUUGUCUGUGACAGAAGAGCUCCACUCCCUCAGCUUUGAGGCUUGUUUCACGGUUCAGGGCCUCACCAUCGAUCUGGAGACGUGUUCCCUGCCUCUAGUGGUGAUUUCCAACGUGAGUCAGCUGCCUGGAGGCUGGGCGUCCGUCAUGUGGUAUAACCUCCUGACUGACGAGCCGAGGAACCUGGCGUUCUUUGGGAAUCCUCUUCGAGCAAACUGGAGCCAGCUCUCUGAGGUCCUCAGCUGGCAGUUUUCCACUUUCGCCGGUCGGGGUCUGAACAAGGAGCAGCUCACCAUGUUGGGAGAGAAGCUUUUUGGACAACACGCCUCCUGCAGCGACUACCAAGUGUCCUGGUCCAGGUUUUCUAAGGAGAAUAUUCCAGGGAAACCGUUCAGUUUCUGGAUGUGGCUGGACUCCAUCCUGGAGCUCAUCAAGAAGCAUUUGCUGCCAGUCUGGAAUGAGAACUAUAUCAUGGGCUUCGUGAGCAAAGAGAUGGAGCGCGCUCUGCUGAAGGACAAAGAACCGGGGACGUUCCUCUUACGCUUCAGCGAGAGUCACCUGGGAGGAAUCACCUUCACCUGGGUGGAGCACAACGACAACGGUGAGGUGAAGUUAAACUCCGUGGAGCCGUACACUAAGAACCGCCUCAGCGCGCUCCCGUUCGCCGACAUCAUACGGGACUACAAAGUGAUCUCAGAAGGGGUUGUUCCCGAAAACCCGCUCAAGUUCCUGUACCCCGACAUCCCCAAAGACGAGGCCUUCGGGCGUCUUUACAACAGCCAGCCGAGCAAAGUGCAUCCGUACAUAGCAUCGACCCUGAUCCCCAUCUCAAAGUUACACUCCAACGCCAGCGCCACGCCACCUUCCUGUCAGUCUCCCGAGCCUCCGAUGACCCCGGGCGAGUUCAACAUGCUCAAUGAGCACCUGUGCUUCGACAUCGACACCAUGAGUUCUCCUCCUUAUUCGGAGUAAACGGAGAUGAAAGAUGCGCGAGGACCUGACGCUGGUGUUUAAAUGUAUGUUCAUGAUCUUCUUUAAAGAAGUGUUGAAUGUUAAUCUGCAGAGAGUUGAUUAUAUUUCACCGAUGGAUUGAUUGAUUAUGUAUAUAGAACUUUAUAAAUCUGUUUUUUUAUUAUUAUUGUUUUUUAUUGUAAUCUACCAUUUUGACCAUAUUGUACUAUCUCAUUUAAAUAGUUGCUACUGGAAUCAGUCCAACAGGUUCUCGUUUGUAGAAGGCGACUUUAGAGCUUGUAUUUUGAAAGUAAAAUAAAAUAUCUGCUAACAACC